AUGAUGGAGGCAGCUCAAUAUCCCGUGGAGAAACAGUAUGAGAUACUCAUGUUCCAUUAUCAUUGGAUUACACCAUAUCUAGGUAAAGCUUUCAGAGUGCGUGGUAACCUUCAGUGGCAUUCUGUCUUAGGGGUUGAGGGGCUACCACUGGAGUACUCGUGGAAAUGGAACACUGCUAAGUCACGGCCCGAAAUCCGGUAUACUCUGGAGGCUAUCAGCCAACUGAGUGGUACGGCAACGGAUCCCUUGAAUCAAGAUGCUUCGCGAGUGCUCUUACACAAGCUCAGCGAGGCGAUGCCGGCCGUCGACGUUUCUCGCGUCUACCAUUUUCUCUCCUCUUUAUAUGACCACGAUCGAUCGAAAUACUGCCAGGAAGCGGCAGAGGGCACGCGGCUCGCCACUACUACCCUCAUUGCGGCUGAAUUUCCGUCUACCGGCGUGACGCUAAAGACCUACUUUAUCCCUCGCAAGUUGGGCAAUAAAGGGGGGCCUGUUACCACAGAAGCAUGGGGGGAAACUCUACGUGAGCUGGAACCUGAGAGCACAGGUCGAACGCAAGUGUGGGACUUCUUCAAAAAUAAUCCAGAGGGGAAGCUACUACAGCCAUUCAUGAUAGCUAUAGACAACAUCGCCCCCGAGCAGUCGCGGCUCAAGCUCUACUGCCGGACGCCACGUACCAACUUUGCGUCUAUACGUGAGGUGAUGACAGUGGGUGGUCGGAUUUCCGUUUCAGACAGCCAAUUCGAGGAUCUUCGCACUUUGGUUGCCGUGGCCGUCGGCUUAGAUGCAAACUUCUCCGACGAGCUGGAGUGGCCACUAUCUCAGCAGUCCAGCAAUGCAGCAGUAGAUGCAUUUUCCGAGCUUCCGGCCCUUCAAUCAGGACUAAUCUACUACUUCGAUAUUGCUUCAGGUAUUCCGCAACCAGGAGUCAAGCUGUAUAUUAUGGUACGGCAUUAUGGGCCUGAUGAUUUGAUUCUAGGACAGGCUAUUGCAGGUUGGAUGGAGCGUCAUGGCAGGGGUGGUUUCUGUGACGCGUACCUGUCUAUGCUUCAGAAGUUGUCUCCGGAUAGUGAGCUGUCUGGGAAAAAAGGCGUACAAGUGUACCUUAGCUGCAUGUUCAAGGGCAGUGGAGAGCUUGAGAUUACCUCCUACAUCGCUCCACGAGGCUUUUCCCCCACUAGCGGUUUAUCUCCCAGCGCACUGUCGAUUCCUCCCCGGGUAUCUCUACGUCGCCGCGACAGUUGA